AUGAACCUCUCCGUCAUAACCUCCGACAAUGGGCCUCAGUUCCAGUGCGCAGAAUUCAGAAAUUUUGCGUUACAAUUCGAUUUUCGUCACAAGACGAGUAGUCCAUUAUUCCCACAAGCAAAUGGAGAAGCUGAAAGCGCAGUGAAGAUCGCAAAGAAACUGCUACGUCAGCAGUCUUUGGAGAUUGCUUUACUGAACUACAGGACAACUCCACACUCAAGUACUGGGGUAAGUCCAGCGCUUGCUCUUAUGGGGAGACAACUCAAGACUAAAAUUCCUAGACUUCCAGAAAAACUGAUUCCACAGCCUGCCAGUGAUGUAGACAUUUGGAAAGUAGACCAAGACGCAAAAGCUCGCUACAAGUUUAACUACGACAGCAGGCAUGAUGCCAAACCUCUGUCACCACUAAAACCAGGAAACCAAGUCUUGAUCAAGACAGAUGGAGACAAAACAUGGGACAAACAGGGUACGAUAGUCGCAGCAGACCCUAAUAAUCGUACUUACCUUGUAAACUCGCCUACAGGAGUUUUACGAUGCAAUCGCAAACAUCUACAACAGUUGCCGUCUCCACUCAAGACUGUUAGUUCUGAUCAUUCGUCGCAGUCAUCAUCGGCAUUCGAUUCAAAGGAUGAAAAUUCAAACAACAUAAAUUUGAAAGAUACAGCUUUACCAGGAUCUCCUAUUACACACGAGACUAGAGCUUCAAGUGGUUAUAAAGCACCCCAACCAAUUCGAUUCAGGGAGGAAGAAGUGUGUUAA